GCAUGAGCUUGCCAGAAAGGCCACCAGUGAACUGCAGUCUUUAUAUAACACUGCCUACACAUAUGGCAGCAUCAUUACUACCAUCUAUCAAGCUGAUGGAGUCACUACUGACUGGGCCUAUGAACAGGGCAUCAAGUACUCCUACACCUUUGAGCUGAGAGACACCGGUCGGUAUGGUUUCAUUCUGCCAGCCGAUCAGAUCCUGCCCACCGCCGAGGAGACCUGGCUCGCUCUGAUGGUCAUCAUGGAGCACAUCAAGAAUAAUCCUUAUUAAGCAUACAGCAUUUUUGUGAUUAGUCAAAGUGCAGGAGUAAGCCAAAAUGUACCAUCAGCCGGUCAUUAAUGCAAAAAUGGGUUUACUUUUUGUAUUAAUGGUUGUCAGAUUGUAGGUUUUACAGCUUAUUACAUUACUUGAUGACAAAUUAAUAAAUAUGUGAUAUGAAA